AUGGCCCUCUUCGAACCCUUCCGGGCAAUCGGGCACAUCGUCGACGAUGUCCCGUUUGCAGUCCAGCGGCGCGGUCGGGAAACGUACGCAACCGUGAGCGUCGGCAAUGCAUGGCAGAUAUACAACACUGCCAAGCUCACGGUAGUACUCAUCGGUCCCCAGCUUCCUCGAUCGAUCACUGCCCUGGCCUGCGCCGGGGACGUGACCCUGGCUGCGUUGGAGGGGGGCGACAUCGUGGAGACCAGACGCGUGCAUGUCACCGGGGUCUACAGGGGCCACACCGGGUCGGUCGUGGCCAUGCAGGUCCUGGGCAGCACGCUGCUCACCCUUUCCACCGACGGCACCCUGCGUGCCUGGACCCUGGGGGAGCGGGCCGCCCCCCUCCAGACCCUGGAGCUCGGGCCCGGCUUCACCCCAUCCACUCUCGCCCACCCCGACACCUACCUGAACAAGGUGGUGGUGGGGUCCGCGGAGGGCCGCCUCCAGCUGUGGAACUUCUCCACGGGGACCCUGCUGCACGAGUUCAGGGGCCUGGGGUCCGGCAUCCGCGUGCUGGCUCCCAGCCCCGCGCUCGAUGUGAUCGGCUUGGGCUUGGCGGAUGGGCGCGUGGUCCUCCUGGACUUACGUCAUGACGAGGUGGUGGCCGAGUUCAGCAACGCGGCGGGCACCGGCGCCUCCGCCGCGGGCCUGCUGGGCAACACCGCCGGCGCCGCGGCGGCCGGCGCGCCCGGCGGCGGAGCGGUCACCGCCCUCGCCUUCCGCACGGGCCCCGGCGUACCGCUGCUGGCGGCGGGCGGCGCCUGCGGCGCGGUCACGCUCUGGGAUCUGGAGAAGCGCCGGCUGCACUCCGUGCUGCGUGACGCGCACGACGCCGGGGUCACCCGCCUGCACUUCUUUGUCGGCGAGCCGCGGCUGAUGUCGGCGGGGCGCGACAACGCGGCCAAGCAGUGGGUGCUGGACGGCGCGGACGGCGCGCCGCGCCUGCUCCGCUUCCGCGCGGGCCACGCCGCGCCGCCCGCGCUGGUGCGCCACUACGGCGCGGGGCGCGCGCUGCUCAGCGCGGGCGAGGACCGCACCUUCCGCCUGUUCAGCGCCGUCGCCGACGCGCAGUCGCGCGAGCUGAGCCAGCGCCACCUCGAGCGCCGCGCCAAGCGCGCGCGCGUGGCGCGCGAGGAGCUGCGCCUGCCGCGCGUCGUGGCGCUGGCGGCGGGCGACGCGCGCGAGCGCGACUGGGCCAACGUGGUCACCGCGCACGCGGGCGAGGCGCGCGCCUUCACCUGGCGCCUGGCCCAUGCCGUGCUGGGCGAGCACGCGCACGGCGAGGCCGCACCGCGCGACGCGGUGACCGCCGUCGCGCUCUCCGCCUGCGGCAACUUUGCGGUGGUGGGCUCGGCGGACGGCGCCGUGCACCGCUACAACAUGCAAUCCGGCCUGCACCGCGGCGAGUACCAGCGCCAGGCAGGAGGCGGCGACGCGGCGAGCGAGGCCACGGCGGGCCGACCAUCCCCCGCGCACGACGGCGCGGUGGCGGGCCUAGCGUCCGACGGCGCCAACCGCUGGCUGGUCAGCGGCGGGGAGGACGGCGCGCUGCGCACCUGGGACUUCAAGCGGUGCGGACUGACGGGGGAGCUGGGCGUGGGGGCGGCGGUGCAGAGGCUGGCGUGCCACCCGGCCUCGGGGCUGGUGGCCGUAGCGCCGGCCGACCUCAUGCUCCGCAUCUACGACGUCGAGGCCCAGCGGCUGGUGAGGAGGUUCGAGGGCCACCUCGACCGGGUCACCGAUCUGCAGUUCAGCGAGGACUGCCGCUGGCUGCUGUCCAGCUCCAUGGAUGGCACGCUCCGGGUCUGGGACAUUCCAGGCUCCCAGCUGCUCCAGGUGCUGGACAUGGGGGGAGUGGUCACCUCGCUGUCCCUCUCCCCCGCCCAGGACCUGCUGGCCACCACGGGGCAGGGCUCCCGUGGCAUCAACCUCUGGGCCAACCAGCUGAUCUACGGCGCGGGGGGGGACAUCGUGCCGGGGUCGCGCGUGCGCCACGCCCACCUGCCCGCGCUGGCGCUGGAAAUCUCGGCGGGGGAGGGUGCCGACGCGCUGGCCACGCUGCGCGACGCCUCCAGCUCCGAGGACGAGGAGGAGGGGGGCGGCGCCGCCUCGACACCGGCGCUGCGCCUGGAGGACGAGGUGGCGGGCGCGGCGUGGGCGAAGCGCACGCCCAGCGGCGCGCCGGCGCCUCUGGCGCCGGCCAUGCUCACGCUGAGCCUGUUGCCGCGCUCGCAGUGGCAGAGCCUGGCGCACCUGGAUGUGGACGGCGGCGAGGAGCCCAGCCCCGGCGACGGCGAGGAGCCGGCGCUGGCCGCCGCGGCCAUGGCCGCCUGGGGCGGCUCGGAGGACGAGGAUGCGGCGAACGGGGAUGAGGACGUGGCGGAUGGAGAUGAGGACGCGGAGGCCGACGCCGAUGCGGAUGCCAACGCCAAGCCACGGCGCAAGCACCACCCCCAGUCGCGCGCCGUGCUGGGCCUGCUGCGCACGCUGACCCCCGUGCAGGUGGACGGCGAGGUGCGGGCGCUGACGCGGCUGGCGGAGCCGGGGCAGGACGGCGGCGAGGGCGAGCGCCUGGUGGACGCGCUGUUGGCCUUCCUGGAGGCCCAGCUCUGCGCUGGCUCCUGCUUUGACCUGGUGCAGGCACUGCUGCGCCUGACGCUGGACGUGCACGCCGGCGCCAUCCUUUCUAGCCCGUCGCUGCAGCGCCGGGCGGCGGGGCUGGCCGCGCAGCUGCGCGCCAGCUGGCAGCGCGUGGACGACGCGCUCAACUCCACACGCUGCGUGCUGGGCCUGCUGGGCAACCUGCAGCCGUGA